AUGACCACAGAACUUACGAAAAGUACCUCAUUAGAGGAUGAAUCUCCCGUCGUUCAACCCGAAACCGAGACUGCUCCCGCGCAGACCUUUCGGGAAUUAGGUGUUAUAGAUUCACUAUGUGAAGCUUGCGAAAACCUUGGAUUCUCAACACCAACGCCAAUUCAAGCGCGCUGCAUCCCCAUCGCUUUACAAGGACGAGAUUUGAUUGGCCUCGCAGAGACCGGUAGUGGGAAAACAGCAGCAUUUGUAUUGCCGAUACUCCAGGCGCUGAUGGAAACCCCUCAACCACUUCAUUCGCUUAUCCUCGCACCGACUCGAGAACUUGCGCAACAGAUCGCCCGUACCGUGGAAGCUUUGGGUGCUACGAUCUCCGUGCGAUGUACGCUAUUGAUUGGUGGUAUGGAUAUGAUGCCGCAAGCUAUUGCUCUGGGAAAGAAACCGCACGUCGUCGUUGCGACUCCGGGACGUUUGCUGGAUCAUUUGGAAAACACAAAGGGGUUUUCGUUGAGGCAGAUCAAAUUCCUCAUUCUGGAUGAGGCCGACAGGCUUCUCGAUCUCGAUUUUGGACCAAUUAUAGACAAGCUUCUCCGCCUCUUACCGAAGAGAAAAACAUACCUCUUUUCGGCCACCAUGUCCAGCAAGGUUGAAUCACUUGAGCGGGCGUCAUUAUCGGACCCAGUGCGAGUUUCAGUCUCAACCAAGAACCAGACAGCCUCAAAGCUAUUACAGUCUUACUCAUUCAUCCCACACAAAUUCAAAGAUGUUUAUCUUGUACACCUGCUCAACGAGCGUACGGGGCAAAUGGGCAUACUUUUCACUCGCACAGUCCACGAAACCCAGCGACUAUCUUUCUUGCUACGGAAUCUCGGGUUUCCUGCUAUCCCGAUCCAUGGCCAACUGUCGCAAAGCGCUCGUUUAGCAUCCUUGAACAAAUUCCGCACGCGGUCUCGCAACUUACUCAUUGCAACUGAUGUUGCCGCCCGAGGAUUGGAUAUCCCUGCUGUGGAUUUUGUGCUCAACUAUGAUCUGCCUCAGGACAGCAAGACUUACAUUCACCGAGUGGGAAGAACUGCCCGUGCGGGAAAGAGUGGUAUAGCUAUUUCAUUCGUUACCCAGUAUGAUGUGGAAUUAUGGUUGCGAAUUGAAGACGUUCUGGGCAAGAAAGUGGACGAGCACAAGCCUGAAAAGGACGAAGUCAUGAUCUUUGCCGAGCGAGUGAGCGAGGCACAGAGGAGAGCUAUCAUGGCGCUGAGGGAUAUGCAAGAAAAAGACACCAAGGGCCGGGGAGGCAGACACAAGAAGAGAACCAGAGAUGACAUGGACAAAGAGGAUAAUUAG